ACCCACGGUCUUGGAUUAUUGUACCUAAUUUAGUAAUUUACUUGUUUGAACGGCUACUUUUGCUGUUCUGCUCUGUAGUCUACUAUAAUUGAGUAUUGUUGAGUAAACUUUGAUCCGUAUUAGUGUUUAUGUUAUACUAAGAAAAUAAAUAGUUUUAUACAUUAAUCUUUGAAAAUGGAAAAACUAGUCAAAGUUAAGAAACCUACAGAAGAGGAAUUGAUUCAUAAUACUUUUAAUGCCUUACGAACAGAACAACGACAACUUGCUACAAAAUUAUCAGAAAUCGAGCUCGAUCUAAAUGAACAUAGUAUUGUUAUUGACACUCUAAACAAGUUGGACGAAGAAAGAAAAUGUUUCAGACUGAUAGGCGGAGUGUUAGUUGAAAGAAAGAUUUGUGAUGUUCUACCUACACUAAUUAAAAAUAGAGGAGAAAUGGGUAAAAUUGUGAAAACAUUGAAUGAACAAUUAACUAAAAAAGGAAUUGAAAUCAAUGAUUUCAAGAAUAAACAUAACAUACAAGUUAGAGGUGGAAUUACCCCGAUAUCAGAGGAGGUUGAAAGUCAAAGCGUUGAAAAAAAAACUGAUCAUGGUGGCUCAGUAAUUGUUAAUAAUGUUUAAUUUUACUAUAAUGUUUUAAUGCGCUUCUUAUUUUACAUAUAAUUACUUUCGGGUUAUGUAUUGUAAAUUAUAUUGCCUUAUUUAACACUCAAAAUACUCAAAUUAAUUUUUAAGUGAAAAAAAUAUGAAAGGUCCCCUAAUUUUUAUUUAUUCAUUUUUGUACUAAUUAAGUUAAUUAAUAAAUGUUAACAUUUUAACUAG